AUGACCAACGAGUGGCCGGUCACCGAGGCCCAGAAACUCAGAAUCGUUGAGAGGCUUCCUCUGGACCUGGGGCAGUGCAGGACCAGUAUAAAAGCCAUCCCAGCUCUUCACUCUCUCAUCCGCUUUGCUCCCCUUCUUCUCCUUCGGAAGCAAGUGCACCUCCGGACCCGCGACAUGUCCUGCUACAGCCAGUGCCUGCCCUGCCAGCCCUGCGGCCCGACCCCGCUGGCCAACAGCUGCAACGAGCCCUGCGUCAGGCAGUGCCAGAACUCCACCGUCGUCAUCGAGCCCUCCCCCGUGGUGGUGACCCUGCCCGGCCCCAUCCUCAGCUCCUUCCCGCAGAACACCGUUGUGGGCUCCUCCACCUCCGCUGCUGUUGGCAGCAUCCUCAGCUCUCAGGGAGUGCCCAUCAACUCUGGGUGCUGUGACCUCUCCUGCAUUACCGGCAGAACAUGCCUCCCCUGCUAAAGCUGCCGCAGGCGGACCCACAGAAGGAACCCCAGGAACCCAGAAGACGGUCACGGACUGAGCACGGAGAUCCUGGCCAGCGCUUUCACAGGGACUGAGCAUCCAUGGCUCCACCUGCAAAGGAAGGCAGGAAGCGGCGCGCCUGGGCUCUCUGAAAACAUGGCCCUUGUCUAACGUGCCUCUUUCUCACUCUCUUCUCUCUCUCUCUCUUUUCUCUGUUGUCUUCUGCUCCCCUGGGCUGUGAUCACCUGCUAAGCCCCAUCCCAGGAAGGGCCUGCUGCCGCCCUCCCUCUCAGGGACAGGCGGGCAGGCGGGCAGAUGCCCGGUGCAAACUCCACCCUGGCCAAGGGGCAACGACUCCUAGCUACCCCUGGUGCUCCCUGCACCAUGGCCGCCACUCAGAGGACCUCCUUUCCCUCUUUCAACUCAUUAAAGUUCUGCUGC